UAUGCUGUGCUGGGAAGCGCCAGUAUGAUGCAUCAGGAAGUAUGUCAUAGUGUCAUCACUGUACCAUUACAAGAAUUGCAGCCAUCGCUUGCUUCUACCAGUGGCUGGGACAUUUAUAAAGUAAGCAAGCACCUCUCAAUCCAGUCUAGUUGUGAAGCCUGUCAGCCAUGAGGAUCCAUUAUCUCCUGUUUGCAUUACUCUUCCUAUUCUUGGUGCCUGUUCCAGGCAAUGGAGGACUCAUAAAUGCAGCACAUAAAUAUUACUGCAAGCUAAGAAGGGGCCGAUGUGCUUUGCUUAGCUGCCUUCCAAAGGAGGAACAGAUUGGCCGUUGUUCUCUGCGUGGCCGAAAGUGCUGCCGAACAAAGAAAUAAAAAAUAUCCAGAACUUCAGGAGAACCUUGUCAAGUGGGGGAAUUCCUUCUUAAAGUUUGUAAAAAUAAAAUAAAUUUUUUAAAGAAAAACGGUAGAAGUUUGAUCACUUUAAAAAUUCUGGUUAUUAUCCAUAAGCUGUACUUUGGAAAUUUAUAUUCAUUAAAUAAAAGUUAAAAAAAAAUUCUGGUUAUUGUAGUGGUUGUUACCAAAUAGACAACUAAACCUUAUGGUUCCUUUUUCAUUUAAAUAAAGUGAAAUCUCCCCAGGAAUCUAAGGCACCCAUGAUUAUCAUGUUAUAUUUCUUUUGUCAAUUUUAUACCCCAGUGAAAUUGGACUCCUUGUCCUCCCGCAAUACUCUCUCUGCUCUCUUGUGUCCCCUGCCUUUGAAUUUUCUACACCCUCUUCCCUGGACUUCCUCUCCUAAUCCUGAAUCCUCUGGAAAACUUUACUCCUCAGAGGAAUGAGGAAGCUGGCUCCUCCCAGAUAUUCCCUUUGCUUUCCCACCACAUGACUCUGCUCUGGUUCACUCACAUGCGACGCAGAAUCAGCCUUCCAACCUCAUCUCCACACUUUAACCAUCCCAAGGGCGUCGUCCCCAAUUCUGCCUCCUUUGUGGAAACAGAUCUGAU